CCGUUGUAUUAUGUGUUUAUGUAUUCCACAUAUCAGUAACAUAUAAAAAUGUGUUACUUUUCUAAAAGAUUUUAAAAUUCGGACUUAUAAAUACCUUUUUCAUUUGCAAUUUAUAAUGAUAGUGAUCAGAGUCAAUUUGAUGAAAUGCCACUUGUUGUGUCCCUUCUCUUGUUCUUUCAGGUGAAAAACUAAAAAAAAAUUUCAGAAAACAUGAAUGUAUGCAUGAUUAUUUGUUAAAAAGUGUAUACCUUAAGAAUGACUGGAAGAUUUCCCAAAUUCAGGCAAUGGCCAGUAGCUCAAAGAAGCAAGCUAGUCAAAAGUACUUACGAAACACAAACAGCAGUAUAUUGAGUACAUCAAAAGACAGAUAUCAAAGAGAUAAAUAUUUUGAAUGUGACCCACAAAGAAAACGUUGUAGACACUUGAUUGGAUCCACAAGUCAAACUUUGCGGUCAGUUCGCGCAAGAAAAGUCAAGAAUGUUACGACUGAUACCUCCCCUAACGAAAAAAAUCACCUGUCAACCAACAGAGCGUUAACUGAAAAAAUCUGUCUGCAGGAUAGCUUAAAGUUAGAACUCUUAAGGGAUGAUGUUUGUGAUAAAAAGAAUUCAAAUUGGUUUGAACCAAAAGAAAAUUUCUCAACACCAGAAUGGAAAUGCUUAUCAGUGGCUACUGAACUAAAAACAAUUGAUGUAAAAAAGAAAGAAAAAAGAAUCUAUAAAAAAAGAACUACAGACAAAAAUAUGUAUAAAACAAAAAUACACAAAACUAAAGCACGAAAAUCAAAAAAAAUCCGAAGUGAAGGUGGGAACAGCAAACUAAGCAAGCAUCACAACAGAGAUAGCGAUUCUGUCAGUGUUGAAGUGACGAAAGAUGAGUUGUCUUGCAGUAAAAAUUUUAUAAACCAUGACUACCCCAAAAAACUGAAGGAACAGAGUGGUCAGAAAACAUAUUUUACAAACAUCAAAGAAAAUUUGCAAGGUAGUAAGUAUACACCUAUCCAUGUAGCAUCUCAACCAGCAACAAGUAAAAGACCUACCAACGCAGGUUCCGCUGUAGCAGCAUUUUACCAGCUUCCUCUAUUUCAGCAUGUAAGGGAAGAACUGUGUCCUUAUGCAUCAACAGAUGACUUUUGGGUUGGACGUUUCUUAUUCCCACAGCAUCGCUUUCUACUCAGUGAACUUUUAAAGAGAUGUCUUUUGAACCAGCAACAAGAAAGAGUAUCCUUAGCUAUUCUUGGACUUUGUUUCAAUGCUGGUCAGUUACCUGAAAUGGUUUGGAAGAUUGGUUGUUGGUUGCUCAAAUCCACCCCGCACGGCCAGCCAUUUCUCUCCAACUUUCAAAACUCUAUGAAAACAUUAUGUCACAACCAAUGCAGUCCAGAAAUAUAUCUUGACAUUGCUAAUGACUUGAUUACAAAAAAUCAAAAUUUAUAUGAAGCCUACCAAACCCUAACAGCUGUUGUCUCGAUAGAACCGUUUUCUAGUGAUGCAUACUUUAACUUAUUUUAUGGACAAUUAGAAUAUGCACUUUGGAAAAUCGAGACAAGUAAAAAGGAUUUGACAAUUGCUCGGAAAUGGGAUGACGAUAGUGAUAAUGAAGAUGCUGAAGAUGCAGCUGACCUACAAGACAACAACUUAUCCCGGUCUUCAUUUCAUGGUCAUCGAGCAUUGCAGUACCUACGUCACGUGGAAGAACGCAUGGGAUUGUGGGAUACUAUAUUGCCAAAGUAUUUGGAAUUAAUCGAACAUUAUGAUGGUGUUAUGAAGGCUGUUGAAGUUGCUGAAAAACAUCUCCAAAAUAAUCCUGAAAAUCCUAACUCUUAUAGAUUGGUGUAUUUGUUGUUGAAAGAAAGCAAAGCAGACGAAGAGUCAUUAACACGUGUUUUAAAGUCACUAUCUGUAAUCGAUUCAACCAAUGAACUCGUGAAAGAGCUUAUCAUAUACUACCAACGGACAGAAUCCUAUUCAUGUCUGUUUGACCUUCUCAUACAACGUUUGGAUCACGUGGCUUGCAUUGACAGUUAUUUUGACUGGUCCGUUCUUUAUAAUUUGAUAAGGACACAGAAACGAGAGAUUCUAACAAAAUUCGAAGAACUAAAAAGACUCCGUGUUCGAUGGAUUAAAGUUCACUUUCCUGUUCCGUUGAAUAUGACGAACCAAAGGUUAAGUGAGCAAACGUUGAAAAUUAAAAGCAAACUUGCAAUUGCACUGCAUGUAGAAUAUUUCGAAGAUUGCGUCACUGCGUGGUUGAACUCACGGACAUUAAAAUAUGCAUCGAGAGAUGCAUUAUCUUUUGAUAAGUGUAUCCAGUUAGGGUCAUGUGAGGAAUCGAGUUUAUGUUCUAAUUAUGACGAUCUCAACGUGUCAACACCUGAAUUGACGGACAUCAGCGACGUUGAUGACAUUGAGCAUGACGGCGAUCCUGAGAACUUUUCGUGUAAUAUGCCGACGUGCGCGAAGCUUACACUUAUUGAAACUGUUAAUGACAAUAAUGUCAGUCAUUUGACAACUGAGGUAUCGUCGUCAUCUGAGUCGUGCUCCAGUGACCACUCAACGUCGACAACAUUUUUAUCCGACUUUGAACCUGCCAAAGCGAGAACGAGAUUAGGAAAACACGUACGGUCGAAGAAGACGCAAAAAAAAGUCAAUACGAAUUAUGAUACAGUGAGUCUGCCAUCUUCUUCAUCAAAUAGUGAUAGCGAGGUAUCGUAGGCAAGUCCAGAGAGCGUAUUGUAGAGUAUAUAUAAUAUUCCAAUGUUUACUGCCAUUUCCUCACCGCUCAAUGUCGUCUCUAUUUUUCCAAAAACAAUACCUGUGGUUUUGUUCAUGUCGUCGUGGUGAUGAGAGCUUCAUCGUAAACAAAUAUGGCGAAUUAAAUGGAAAGAUAAGGAAAGUUUGUUUGCUAGAUAUAUUUUCGCUGCAGUGUCAUUAUGCUAAUGACUGAAAAGGGAAUAUUAAAAGUAGCUUGCUACAUUUUUCUUGCUACAUAAAUAGUUAGAUCUGUAAUAUAUUUUGUUUUUAUUAUUUUUAUAGGUAUUGUUUAUUUUUUCCUGUCAUGUUUAGGGAGGAUUCAAAGUCUCAUUGAAAACGAUUUACGGUUUAUUGUAUGUCCAAGCCUACAUCGAUUUGAUCUCUCUUUGUUUUCAUUUUUUAUUUAAUUUUGUGUAUUAAUCUAAAGAUGGUUUUAUCUGAAGAUGGUUUUAUCACUACGUAAUUGCUAAAUUUAGUGUCUCUCCCGCGUGGGUUCUCCUGCGUGGGCGCCCAUGGCUUAAGAAUAGGGCGCUUAUUUUAUCAUUAGGUAGUUGUAAACACAGCUUUUUUUUGUACAAGCAUCUACGCUUUUAACUUUUUAUGUGAAAACAUUUAUAAUUGUCUUCCCUAACUCGUCGUGAAGAACGCCGAUAUUUUUUUUCUUGCUAACUUCCCUUUUAAACAUCUGUUGCCUCCUUUCCCCUCUGUGCGUCAUCACAAUUAUUUUUCUGGUUUGAUGACAUAAUAAAGUGUUUAAAUUUGAUGCUUAUUAUCCGUGUUGUUCGAAUAAGCUUCCCUCUCAGAUAAGCGACAUUAAAAGAGAUGCCCAGCGGAGCGUGUACUGUAUCUAUUCAUUGUUAUCUUUAUUAUUAUUUAUUUAUCAUUACAACAUUAUUUAGUUUUGUAAGAUUGUGCUCACGAAAUAAUAUCAGCCCCUCUCUCACGA